AUGAUCCCUGCUGACAACCGCUGCAAGUGGAAGGACCACUCUACAAGCAUUUUGGGCAGCUCCGAAGACACUUUUGCAGAAGCCUUCGCUCUCGCGCACGUGUACACGCCAGCAGUUUAUUCGCCCGUGCACCUCACAUUCGGUCUCGAAUCCCCAAGCAACAUGUUGCGUCGUAGCUCCCAAGUGCUUCUGGCCACUGCGGCACGCGCCUGCGCACCUCGUGCAGCGCCGUCGGCCGCCACCGCCUUCCGUUUGCAGAGUUCGAGCUUCUCGACGAUCUACGACCACCAGACACCGUUCGAGGACAUUAACCGCCACCGCAGCGACGCCGAGCAGCGGAUCGCUCAGGUGCCAAUUGUGGAGCUGGCCAGCGUUGUUGCAGUUUGCGACGGUGGUGGUGGCGCCCUGGGUCACCCGGUCGAGUACAUCCAGCUGGACACGCGCAAGCACAACAUUCCGCAGACCUGCAAGUACUGUGGCGUGCGAUACAAGAUGAAGGAGGGAUACCAUGCCGGUCACUAAGACGGCAGUAGUGGAUUGGAACAGCGAGAAGCAGACUUUGAGCUGCUGGAAAGGGAACAAGUAAAUACACAAAAGAAAGAAGACGGCAAAAUCUUGCUGUGUUCUGGUGGUGCAGGUCUGGCUGGGCCACCGAACGCACGUGGUG